CAAGUACUACAGUCUUGUCAGAUGAAUCUGAGAAACAACAGUUCAGUUACCAUGACAACACUCUCAAUUGUUGCCCCUCCAUAAAGUUGAAGACUUGUAAGCUUUGAGAACAAAAAUGUCAAAAAUACCAGCACAUAACCUGGCAGGAAUGAUGACAAAAAAGGAGGAAAAAGCGUGCACAACUGGAAACAAACAGCUGUCUGACAAAAAAGAAGUUUGUUCCAAGGUGAAGCAGUUUCUACUUGAAGAAGAGGCCAGAGGCUCCAGAAGGAGGGAACUUUUACAUAAUGGCCAGAUGAUGACAGAGCUUGAGAUGGUCAUAGAGAAAAAAAAUGCAGACAUUAAGAAGCUCAAUGAGAAAAUUAAAAGGAAGCAAAGUGAAAUGAGUCUGCUUCAGGAUGUUAGCGACAAAGAAAAGAAGAUCUCAGAGGAGUCUUCCACAGGGUUGAAACUGAAUGCCAUUCAGGCCAAAACCAUUUUAGAAAACAAAGCCAAACUCGAAUGCCGGAACAGAGCUUUGAAGGGGGAACUUGUUAAAGAAAUUAAGAUAUUACAAAGUGACGAUGCAGGAAGUGAGGAACUUUUGAAUAAAUAUAAGAGGUUUAGGAACCUGAUUUCCAGGCUUUCUUCUCGGGAAUGCCAGGAAGCUCAACGAACAGAAAAAAAGGAUGGUCAGAACUCUGAGCUUGAGAAAACAUCGGUUUGUAAAAAACCAAAAUUUCUUACCUGGAAAUAUUGCAUUGAUUCUAUCAGGGUGGUGCAUCAGAUUGAGGAGUUGGAAAAUCAGAAUCUGUUUCUGAUGGAAAACUUAACUGAGAAGAGCGAGUUUAUGGGUGAAACUAUUGAGUUCAUCACCAAUGUAUUGGAGGAAGAGGAGAGGACACAAACAUUAAAAGUAAACAGCAUGAAGAGCAAAUGUGCCAUCGAAAGAAGAAUAGCUGAUAUUGUUAAGAAGAAGGUUCAACUACACAAUUUAUCAACAACUGUGGACCAGGACGUUUUGUUGGAGACUUUACGUAAGAAAGUGUCAGAGGUGCAUUCCUGCUUCGCAGACGAAGAGCUGACCACUAACAGCACCUUGGAGAAGCUGGCAUUCAUUGAAAACCACAUGACUAUGUUGCUUGAAAAACUUGAGAAGAUCCCAAAAGAUGAGAUUAAGACUCUGUGGCAUAUCAAGGAAAAUGAGAAGAGGAGCAGAUGGCGAGAGGAGAAACUGCGACAAGAGACAGAAAAGCGGGAAGAAAAAAUAAGGAGGCGUGCUGAACUGGCCAUGACAGAGCCCAAGAGAAUUACUGGACGGAAGCUUAUGCCAAGACACAUGCCUGUCGUCAGGCCAAAGACCAAAGCCAUUGUUGAGGACACCCCGAAGCCUGAAGAUGACCUGUAUGAGGACCUCUUCUCUUAGAGUCCUUGAUUUAAAAAUGCACUUUGAAAAAUCCAAUAAAAGGAUGUUUUUAGUAAUGAAUUUAGGUAUACAAUAACAGAUAUACCCUGAAAGGAAUGAUUAAAAUGUUGAAUCUUUAA